CCGCAAACCGGGAGAGGGAGGUAUCAAAAAGAAGAAAGACGGAGAUCAGCCGACUUUGAAACACCAAACACAGCACAUUUGAACAACGGUUACAGAAGCAAAGAAAAGCCCGAGAGGGGGGCUUGACGAGAAAAAGAUGGCAGACAGAGCUUCGAGACCGGUGGUACCACCGCCCGGCGCGCCGCGACGAGCGGUCCGGCGCAAUCUGUUCCAGGGACUCACGAGGCGAGCGACGGGGACGACCACGACCACGACGGGGCAGACCAUGCCUUCGACAGCUGGCGGCGCGGGCGGCGUGGCAUCAGUAUCUGCCUCUGCUGGUGCGACGAUGGGGACUGGGGGAGGAGGACCCGGCAACGGCGUCGGCGGUUCUUCGACAGCUGGUAAUGGUCACGCGGGCGAGACACUCCGCCUCGACGUCGACGUUCUCUCUGACGGCGGGCCGCCGUCGGCAAUGGGGCCCGUGGAGAUUGUGAUGCGCGACGAGCACGGCGAGAUUGAGCUUGGAGAGCUGCCGACGCUGGUGUUUGACGAGGCUGAUGAGGCUGCUGCCAUGGAUGAUCGGGAGGAGAGCAAGAAAGAGCGGCAGCGGCUCGCGGAGGCGGUGAAGCAGCAUCAGGUCAACCAUACCGCCGUCCGUGAACAGCCUGAAGAGCUUCUCGAAGCCGUCAAAGCCAGUUUACGAGCCAAGGUCGCGGCUCUUGCUGACGACAAUUGGAUGUACGAAGCUGAACCGGAGUUGCCCCGUGGCUUCUGAACACGAUGCCUCGCCAAUUUCCAACUGGAUAUCCCGGUUGUUGCCUCCACAACCAUUAUUGACACAUAUUCUUC